AGAUAUGGUGCAGAAGAUAUGGAGAUACUAUGGCAGUAUAGAAAUUAUCUACAUGAAUAUAAAAACUUAUUACCUAGAAUAUUGAUGGCUGCUAAAAGUUGGGAUUGGGGAUGUUUAUCAGAGAUUUAUAAAUUGUUAGCAGACUGGCCACAACUUGAUCCAAUGGUAGCCUUCGAAUUACUCUUACCACAAUUUCCUGAUUUAAAAAUACGAGAAUUUGCUAUCAAUAUAAUUAGUAAAAUUAAUACAGAUGAUUUAGUGGAUUUUUUACCACAGUUAAUUCAGGCAUUAAAAUUUGAGAGUUACCACAAUUCAUCAUUAGCUCAGAUGUUAUUAGAACAGUCGUGUAAAAGUAUCAGAUUUGCUCAUCAAUUUUUCUGUUGUCGCUCUGUUGAUGAGUUCUGUCUUGAGAGUAGGGGUAUAUUAAGAAGAGAAUUACAAGUAUUAUAUGAAAGAUUUGAAGAGAAAGGGAGAUUAUUAAUGCCCUAUAAUCCUAGUAUAGAAGUUUGUGGUGUGGAUAUUAAGUCUUGUUCAUAUUUCACGUCCAAUGCCUUCCCUCUAAAACUGGUAUUUAAAAAUUCCAACCAAAAAGCUGAUCCUGUGUAUGCCAUGUACAAGGUUGGAGAUGAUCUGAGACAAGAUAUGUUGACGUUACAAAUGGUGAAUAUCAUGGAUCAACUGUGGUUAAAACAGAGUUUAGAUUUAAAGAUGAUUACCUUCUCUUGUCUCGCUACGGGACCUAAGAAAGGUAUAAUAGAAUUGGUAACUGAAUCUGAUACACUACGUAAAAUACAGAUAUCUAGUGGAGUAACAGGGUCGUUUAAAGAUAGACCUAUUAAAGAAUGGUUACAGAGACAUAAUCCUACAGAGCUAGAGUACAGAAAGGCAGUAGAGAAUUUUACGUAUUCGUGUGCUGGAUAUUGUGUAGCUACGUAUGUAUUAGGUGUAGGAGAUAGACAUAAUGAUAAUAUUAUGUUAAAACAAUCAGGUCAUCUCUUUCACAUUGAUUUCAGUAAAUUUCUCGGUGAUACUCAGAUGUUUGGGAGUUUUAAAAGAGACAGAGUACCGUUUGUAUUAACAUCUGAUAUGGUUUAUGUAAUCAACGACGGUGAAAAACAGACAGGGAAAUUCCAACAUUUUAUAGAUCUGUGUUCACAAGCUUUUAAUAUCCUCCGUAAACAUCAUGAUUUAUUCUACAGUCUUUUUAUGUUGAUGUCACGAUCAGGUAUUCCCGGUGUAACAGAGAAUGCUGCUCAAUAUGUGAAGAGAGCUUUAUUACCAGGACAGACUGAUGCUCAAGCUUCUUCUAUGUUCACCAGAAUGAUAGAAGAAAGUGUGAAAUCAGUUUUUACUCAAUUUAAUUUCUUCAUUCAUAACCUAGCUCAGUUAAAAUUCUCAAGUCACCAGGAGGGGGCUUUGUUAUCUUUCGUACCCAAAACUUACAGUCAACAAACUGAUGGUAAAAUUAUAGGGGUCAAGUUGUUUUCUAUACAAAAACGAUAUACACCAGAUAAACAUUAUAAGAGUAAGACCACACCCUAUUGUUUUAUCUAUUAUAGAAUGGUGUUAGGUAGAAGUAAUAUUAGAAGUGUAGCAGAAACCAGGAAAGUUGAAAUAGAACAAUUCCUGGAAUCAUUGUUAAUAAAAGCACCAGAAAUAUCCCAGUGUGAUUUAGUCUAUACAUUUUUUCACCCGUUAUUACGUGAUGAACAAGAAGAAGCUAGCAAGAUGAAUUAUUCCAAAUUAAGAGAACCAGUGGUGACCCCUACUAACUCUAUAACUUCUGGUAUCCAAGGUGAAAUUAAAUUAUCGUUACAUUAUAAAAAAGAUAAGUUUCACGUGAUGAUAAUACACGUUAGAAACCUGGUGAGUGAUUGUCGAGGAACAGAUUUACCCAGUCCCUACGUUAAGACGUAUUUAUUACCUGACCCAGAUAAACAAACAAAACGUAAAACUAAAAUUGCUAGAAGUUCAGCUAAUCCUACAUAUAAUGAACUGUUAGAAUAUAAGAUGUCAUUAGAACAGAUUAGAUUCCGUAUGUUACAAGUUACAGUCUGGGACCACGAUAGACUGGGAGAGAACAACUUCCUGGGCGCCGUCUAUCUUAAAUUACAUGAUUUAGAUCUAUCACAGGAAGACACCAGAUGGCAUCCAUUACAACGAUUACAAUUAACAAAUAAUAACUUCUUUUCUUGAUAGAUUUAUACACCUGAAGAGAUUGGGAAGAGUUUUUCUAAAUAUUUUAUGUGUAUCGAUGACACAGUUUGUAACAUUUACAAUUUUCAAUGAGACGUCUAUGGUCCACUAAACCUAAGUGUUGUUUGAUGACGAAACUAAUCAAAAAAGCUGCUUUUAAUAUAGAAGUGCCUUUGCCAUUGUGUUGUCAAACACUUAGUCUUUGUAGAAUUGCAGGAACCACAGACGCCUGAUUGAAAAUUUGAAUGGUGUAAAUUGAUGCUAUCAGUGUUCCCGAUACACAUACAAAAUUUAGUAAACCUCUUUACAAUCAUUUUACUUAAAGCAAUUUUAACCCUUUUAAGUUCAAAGUUCAUGACCACACAUUGUUGUCAGAAACUUAAUUUAACAAUGAUUGAAUCAUUCGUGAGAUUUGAUUGGUUGAUGUAAUGAGAAUAAUGAUUCUAAGACAUUUGAUUGGUUAAUAAUAAUGAAAAAAAAAUCAAAUGAAAUUUAAUUGGUUAAUUGAAAUUUCAAGAAAAAUAAUUAUGAUAUUAAUUCAUUAUAUUCCUGAUGACACUGUAAAAAAAACACUUGGUUAUUAUAAGUAUUUCAACAAUCAGACCAUAUUGUCGGCAGCUUACAGGAAAUGGAGUUUUACAUCCUACUUUUCUACACCAUGUUGGAUAAUGAAGACGG